ACGUGUGAGAAGAUUGGAGCUGCAGCGGAGGAGGCAACAUGAAACUAUAAUCACAUCACACACAUAGCCAGUCUAUAUUACCAGAAAAAUAGUCAUUACUACUUUUAUUAUUUUCACUAUUCAACAGAGAAGUCUAAAACUCCAGCUUUGUAAUUCAGCACACUGUGUUCCCAUGAUGUCAUACCUGUGGAUUCUCCUGCUGGGCAGUUUGGUGAUCGGAGCCAAGACACAAGAAGACUCUGCUACUGAGCCAGAAACUAAGGAACCAGAGGCAGAAGCAGCAGAGCCCGAGGCCCCUGCAGAGGAAGUAGCUAUCGAGGAGGCCCCGGCAGCUGAGGAGGCUCCAGCAGAAGAAGAAGCUCCGGCAGAAGAAGAGGAGGAGGCUGCAGAAGAGGUGGAGGCUCCAGCUGCAGAAGGAGAGGUUAUUGCCACAGAGGAAAAGGCUCUGACAGUUGAGGAGGCUCCGGCAGAAGAAGAAGCUCUGGCAGAAGAGGAGGUUCCAGCCACAGAGGAAGAAGAGGCUCCAGCCACAGAGGAAGAGGACACAGAAGUAGUAGAAGAACCAGCAGUAGAAGCAAAGGCGGCCCCUGAAGCUGAGGCUGAACCAGGUGAACUAGAUCUAUCUGAAGCUGUUGAACCAGAGGCGGAGCCUGAAACACCAGCAGAGAGCGAGCCCACGGAGGAGAAUACAGGGGGAGAUUUGGAUCUGGAGGACGCUGUAGUUGAGAGUGACGAAGACACACCCGCGGGUGGGAAGAGCCGCAGAGGGGGCUCAGUUGCCCAUGCAUCAGAAGCAGAAGGCACAGCUGAAACUCAAGGGGCUAGCUCUGGCUCGGUGGUGGGCAUUCUGAGUGCUAUUGGCGUGGCGAUCGUUGGAGCUGCCACCGGAUACUUCGCCUAUCAGAAGAAGAAGCUCUGUUUCAAGAACAGUGGAGGGGACCUAGAGAGUGCCCGUAAGGAGGAGGCUGAGACCCAGUCGGAUCCCCAGGUUCUCAGCAACUUGCUGACUAAAUCCUCCUAGAUCGUCUGAGAUUCCAAUGGAGAAGAACCAGGACCAGCGGAAGAGUUUCCCAUAACACAUACAUACACACACACACACACGCACACGUGUGCAUGCGUACACACUCAUACACAGAUCCAUCCCAAUCUUUAGGGCUUAAACUGAUUAUAGUUGUAAAACUGUGAGAUAGUGGUUUGGGGGUUAUGAACCUUCAGCACCACAUUAGAGUGAGACCAAUCAGUAGUAUCUCAGUGUCUUCUAAAGAUCACAUUUGUAAUCUGUUAAAAAAGGGGUGAUAUUUUCUGUCCAUUUAACAGCACCGAAACAAUGUAGGCCUAUUUCUCUUUAUACUAGUACUGGGAAGUUAGUCUGGGUACCAGUCAUUUUAGCUAACAUUCCACUCCUUGCCACUCCUGUCAUUUGCCAAAGAGACUGGCUUAUUGGCGAUCCUAACGUUCAAUAUGCAGCCUGAUUUACAAUAAAAUUGUGAUUGGAGGAUAACUGUGAGGGUUAUCGAAUCAGGAUCAAAUCCUGUGAUCUUCUCAAGCUCAAGCUCAUAAUGAUAGAAUGUUCAUAUUUGAAGAUUGCCGAAAGACAAUGAAUACAAUGAGUGGCAUUUAAUAGGCUGAACAGCAACCAGGCUACUGGGAUGUAGCUUAAAACCUAUGUCUAUGUUGUCUAUGAGAAGGCAGCAUAAUUUAUAUGGAUCUAAUGGAAAAAAGAAAAUGUGUACAACCGAAGCAUAUAAUAUAAUCAUGAGCUGCAGUUCCCAGAUUCUUUUGGAUAAAAUGGCCCCUCCUCUAUUUGAAAUGUUACCAUUGUUUAGUUCUUUACAAUGAUUUAGGGCUUGAUUUAAUCCAUAGCGCUGAAGAUCCAUGCUAUAAUGCUGAUCUUCAGUGCUACAGAUUGAAUUAAGCCCUUACUGUAUGUGCUGUAGCCAACUCUUCUAGCCUGGUUUCAUUCUGUAGCCAAAUCUUACAUUUUAAUCAUUUAGCAGAUGCUCUUAUCCAGAGCAAUUAGGGUUAUGUGCCUUGCUCAAGGGCAGCAAGAGAUUUUUCACCUAGUCAGCUCAGGGAUUCGAACCAGCGACCAUUCAGUUACUGGCCAAAUGCUCCUAACCGCUAGGCUACCUGCCAACUCUGGCUACAACUCUUCUAGUCUGGUUUCAUACUGUAUGUGCUGUAGCCAACUCUUCUAGCCUUCUACCAUAAUGAAUGUAGCCAACUCCUCUAUCAUUGUCAAGCCAUACAUGUUUUGUGUGACAAUGAAGGAACUCAGAGAGGAGUUGGCUAAAGCACCAACAGACUGGACCACCAGGCUAGUAGUGUUGUUCACUGUGAAAGCUGGUUAGAGGAAGCUGUGUGAGAGCUGGUACGAGGACAGAAUAUAUCACCCCUGUUGUGUGUUUGCUGGGUAUUUGAGGGGCUUGGGGACCUUGUCUAAAAUACAACAAUGUACGAGAACAUUUAGCUCUAUUGAAAUGUUCAAAUAGUCUGUGUUACAAUAUAAUGCUGUACUGCACUGUAAGUGCCUUACAUUAAAUGGUUCACCUGGUAAGCCUUUUUAUGAUUCUAUCUCACUACUAAGGCCAGUCUGAAAUGGAACCCUAUUCCCUCUAUAGUGCAAUACUUUUGAAGCCCUGCUAUAAAUGGAACAGAGAGCCAUUUCAGACACAGCUCUAGACUCAGUCAGUAGUCUCCAACUGCACACCCAGCAGCUAUCCAGGACCAGAGUUGGAGAACCCAGUGCCUGCUUCACGCUACAGGGUCCACCCAAACAGUACUGUGCUGGCCAGCAUAUUUUCUUUCCAACACGGGUCCAGCAACUAUGGGAGAUGUGUAACCGGGCAAGCCCAGUACCGCUUGGUUUGGCUCAGUAGUGUAUACUGGGUAUACGUCUGUAUGCAGUAUAACUCUCGGCAGGAGUCAGCCUGGGAGGAGCUCACCGCUGAUCGCAAUGUAAGAAUGUUCCAGUUCACAGUGAAAGACUAACUCUUGGAGAAGCAAUUUCUGAUUAGCCUGGUCAUAUGAUCUGUGUGUGCUUUAGCCAAUGAACUCCUCUGAAUAUCAUUGUCUUGACAAGACUUCUUUUGGAGAAUAACUUUCCUUUCCAAAAGAGUUCAUGAUAAUUGUAAUGAUGAUACAGUGGUAUACAGAGUACUCCACUCUUAUAUUUAAUGAAUCUGUCUUUGUUAUCAUGUGUUUGAGAAUUGUGUGAUUUUAAUCUUUUAGCACUUAUUUCUUUUUGAAUUCUGUAAAUAAUGCUGGAGAUCUAAAUAAAAUAGCUGUUAAGGGGGAA